ACACGGUAUGGCUGACAUGGCCGCUAGUAUGCCAAACAGUACGACUGUCUUGAUCGUUGGUGCAGGACCCUCCGGUCUUGUUACAGCGCUCUCUCUCCUCCAUCAUGGCUUUAAGCAUUUUGUCGUUGUUGAUGCUGUUGAGCAAGGCGAGAAUACCUCGCGCGCUCUGGUCGUUCAUGCUGCGACAUUCGAGGCGCUGGACACCAUAGGUUGCGGGGAAGAAAUUGUAGCAAAGGGAACCAAAGCAAGGAGCAUCAAUAUUGGUAACCGCUCAUCGAAGCUCGUGUCCACCGACCUCUCUUCUCUCGAUAAAUACACCCGUCACCCGUAUUCCCUCAUCAUCCCACAGAAUCUUACCGAGUAUAUUCUUGGCGAGAAACUCAAAAGCUAUGGCGUGACAGUUCACCGGCCAUGCAAAGUCGCUUCUUUGAAGAUAAACGAGAAUGAUGAUGAUCUCACGGAUGUCGUAUUUGAAGAUGGAAAGACCAUCACUGCAAAGUAUGUCAUCGGCGCGGAUGGCGCUCGUUCUGUUGUUCGUCGGAUGGCUGGUAUCAGUUUUACAGACCCUAAGACUGGCGAGAAGGGUGACAGGAUUACCAACCUGGCUCAAAUGGUUCUUGCGGAUAUUGUCUAUGAAGGCGGAGACAACAUCGACUUUUUAAUCACGAUGUCCCCUGAGAGCUUCUUCCUUUCCAUCCCCUUGCCAAGCUCGUUCAACGACUUACUCGCUGAGAAUGGGCAAGAAGCCAGAGGCCAAAUAUACCGUAUUGGCGCAGGUGUCCCUCUGGUGGAUGGAGAGAUUCCGUAUUCACCAAGCAAGGAGUAUCUACAGAGCCUCGUCGAUCGAUUCGGGCCUACAGUCCUAUCAUCAGACGCUUCGGUCAAUCCCAGCUCCAGACCGGUACGCAUCAAGGAAAUUAUAUGGGCAACUCGGUUCCGCACGCAUUCCGCAAUCGCCGAAAAGGCGUUCACUCGUCUUGGUGGAGACGAACUUCAGGGUGCUACAGUAGCGGCUGAUGACUCCACUACGAAACGUGGUGGUAUCAUCCUUCUCGUCGGAGAUGCGGCGCACAUUCACUCUCCCGCAGGCGGCCAGGGCAUGAACCUUGGCAUCCGUGACGCAGUAUUCCUUGGAGAUGCCCUCGUAAAGCAUAUAAAUGCGUCUACUUCGCAGCCUAAUUCGCAGCCCUCGAGCAUCGACCCUGAUUAUAUCUUGCGUGAAUUUGCAGAGGAGAGGCACAAACGUGCUCUAGAAGUGAUUGCAUUUACUAAGAACUUGAAUUCACUUUUGGGGACGCAAGAUAAGAAAAUAUCGUGGCUGUUCCCAAUCUCGGCUACUACUGUGCGAGACUGGGUGAUGUGGCUUGGCGGAAAGCUUGGCUUCAUGCAAGCAAGGAUGGCAUGGGCGAUGAGUGGACUGGGGAGAAGAUAAUGAGCAAUUAUUGUGGAAAUAAUU